AUGGCUUCUGCCUCCCAGUCCCAAGACGAAGGCCGUGCCUCCGAAGGCGAGGAGGAUGGUGCGCCUUUGCAUCCGGAUGACGCGGCCAUUGUAGCAAGCUUGGACGAACAGAUGUCGCAGCAACGAAAGAAUUUGGCAGAAUUGAAGGAGUUUAUACAGAGUUAUGCAACCCCCGCUGACGAGGAAGCUGAUGAGCCCGCAGGCUCGGCGACAGGUUCGGCGGCAGGUCUCGACACUUCCAGUAACGGCCUCCUCGGCUCCCACGACCCAAUCCAAUAUCAUGGACAAAUGGAACUUCUCCAACAAAAGAUAUACGAAGCUAUCGAGAGAGCAGGCGCAGCAACUGAUGACAAUGCAUUUACAGCAGCCCUGGAUGACGCUUUACCCUCGAUGAAACGCCCAAAGAAAGCCCGCCGCCCAUCACCAGGAGUCACAGCCACUCAGGGCACUCAGUCCAAAGGCAAGACACCCGCCAUAGAGACAAUCCAGCCAGGGCUAUCAGACGCGUUUAAGUAUCCUAUUGAUGCGUCCUAUAAAGAGCCCAUCAUCUUUCACCGAGUUACUUGCGAUGACUUGGAUCCAAAGUGCCACCAACGAUCGUAUCUUGAUUCACCCCAGUACAAGCGAGGUCAUCUCGCGGGCGAUAAACCGGUUCCGGAUAUGGACCAGUUCCUGAAGAAGCGCGGAAACCCGCCCUUUGUCAUGUAUCGCGCAUUUCAAUGCUCCGGCAGCGGGUUUGCAACGAUGACUCAAAAAACGACCCCGGCACAUACCGAUGAGGUAGUUUCCAUCCUAAAUGAGGACCUCCAUUCCAUCAUCAAGCGGCUCUCCAAGUUCACCUUCUUGGACCUUCCUGACGGAAAAAAUGCGACAUCCGAGCUAGCCAAGUUCCAUAGAGAUAAUUUGCAUAUAAUACCUGCAUCUUAUCCUCACUAUUUCCUCUAUCAUCACAGGAGAGAAAUCUACUCCAAGGCGGCUGGGGCUGCGGAUGGUAGUCCAAUCAAGCUCUUCGCUCAGUGGUUACAAAGUGACCCUGUCCCUAUGUACACCGAAUGUGACGACCUGUUCUCAAAGCGUAUGGUAUCCGCCAGGACUGUGUGCUGGCUCUUCCCUCUCAACGGUCUUGUCGUAGUUGACGAAGGCCAUCGACAGCUUGGGUAUGUAGUGGAUCGUGUUGGUAUGGAUAAGGAAGGGGUGAUGCUGUCAGCCUGGAACUGGGGUUUCAACGGCCAAUACGCGUUUCGCGUUUAUACCAUGCUCAGGUUGAAGAAUCCAAAAAGCUCGAUUAAGGCCAGCAUGAAAAUCGCAGACCUUGGAAUAUACCCCAUCGGAUAUGGCCCAACAGAUACAAGCCAACAGCUGCUACAGAACGGCGCCAAAUUCUGGAAGUUGAAGGACCUGGGAUACCAUGCCUAUGAAGGGUGGGACUACAAAAGGGAGACAUAUUAUACAGCAGACUCCCGAUGGAUAAUUGACUACGACAUGUGGCUUGAAGAUAGGGGUCGCGAUGAGUAUACCCAAAACCCAAAAGUGCCCAGCAAGAUGGAGCCUGAUAAAUGGGGAGACGAUCUUCCGGCCACCCUUGAGCCAACGGUGCUUCAGCAAAUGCUACUCCCAAACGGUAUCAAUGCGUACAACUUGAAGGAGUUGAAGUGGAUGUAUCUAUCGGUGGACCAAAUUCGACCGGUUACCUGGAACAAGGAUGCAUUCAAUCGACUUGUACUCCCGCAACGGACCAAACUCAUGCUGAAGGCGCUCGUGAUGACGAAGAAACCGGCAGCCAAGCCGCCUAAUACUACCGAAACCCCGCAAGACAGAGCCAAUGCUAUCAUCUCACGAAACGGAAGGCCCUUGAUUAUGCAUUUCCACGGCGGUCCUGGAACAGGAAAGAGUUUUGCUGCUGCAGAAAUUGCCGAGAUGCCGAUUUUCCGCAUCACUUACGGAAUGAUGGGGCCGACGUACGAGGCAACGGGCGAAGCUAUUUACCGCUCUCUUCGUUUGGCCACAAGAUGGAAAGCCAUUGUGGUAUUUGACGGCCUCGACAUAUUCAUUGAAAAGGGAUCGGAUCCCAAAGACAAUCGUUCCCCUUCAGCGUUUUUUGAAUGUAUAGCAAACCACGACGGCAUCAUCAUAUUGACAUCCAGUGACGCCCAGCGCAUUGACGAUCGAUAUGCGUCCCGCUGCCAAGUCACCGUGUCUUUCCCACCAUUGGAGAAACCCGCGAGACGAAGUGUAUGGAAACAAUGCCUCGACCAAGUGCGGGCAGAAAGUGAGAGUUCCUGCGCGCAAGGGAUUCAAUCGCACCUCGCUGCUUUAUCUUGCUACCAGCUUAAUGGAAAGCAGAUACAUCACGCAGUUACGACUGCCCGGCAGAUGGCCCUCUUUGAAAAGUCGAAGCUGGACUUUCGACACCUCAAGGAGGCCAUAGAGAUAGCGAUUGAGUCUGACCGUCAAUCGGAGUAA